UUUAUUAUUUCUUUUUCUUUUUCUUUUUCUUUUUUUCUUAUUCAUAUACCCUUUCUUCAUUAUUCUCCCCCAUUCCUUCCUUUUUAUUCUUUCCUUCUUUUUGUUUGUCAAUACUGAUUACGUUUACUUUCUUUUUUUAUUACAUUUUGGAUUCUUUUUCCUUAUUAGUUAUUUUGAUCAUGGAAUGUUAUCUUACUAUUGACGAUGUAUCACCUCCUACAACUCCACCUAGUACAAGUACAAGUACUAGUAGUACUACCACUAUAUGUAGUCAACAACCACUCUCUUUAAUCACUACAAAUGAUUUAUUAUCACCAACAACUCAAAAAAAGAAAAACAAGUCUACCACUGAUCCUCCUACAACUCUUACUUUUGAUAUGUUGGGCAAUGUUAAAAAAAUAUUUCGGCAUUUAACUGUUCAUCAAAAACAAAUGUUUCUUACUGAACUUAUUGGAUGCUGUGACAACAGUUUAUUAGUCUUUAUCAAUACCUUAGUGGCUCCUAAACUCAAAAUUGAUUUUUUUCGAUUAUUACCUACUGAAAUCUCAUUACAUAUUUUAUCUUAUAUUGAUGAUCCAUACACUCUGGUACAGGCUUCUCGGGUGUCAACUAUUUGGUAUUCUGUUUUAUUGAAUGAAUCUAUUUGGAAAGAUUUAUGUUAUCAUCAUCAAUAUGUACCUCAAACAACAACAACAACAACAACAAAUCAUAAACAUAAUCGUACUAGAAAAAAAUCAAAAUCUUUAAUGAUUAGAUCAACUCCUUCUUCAUUCAAAUACUUUUUCCGUAGACAAUAUCAAAUAGAAAAAGCUUGGAAUAAUGGUGGUGCACAUAUUACUUCAUGUCCCAAUGAUAUUGGAAACGCUUUAGUAACAAGUUUACAAAUGGAUGAUGAAUUUAUUGUGGUUGGAUGUGAUAACAAUCGAAUUGAAGUAUUUCAAGCUACUACUGGUCAAUUCAUAAGAACUUUACGUGGACAUCAUGGUGGUGUUUGGGCUUUACAAUUUAUCAAAACUGAUUCUCAAUGUAUUUUGGUCUCGGGUGGAUGUGAUCGUGAUGCAAGAGUAUGGAAUUUACGCACUGGAAAAUUAUACCAUACAUUACAAGGACAUUCAUCAACUAUUCGAUGUCUCAAAAUUCGCGAUAGUAAAAUAGCAGUGACAGGUUCUCGGGAUGCUUCAUUACGUAUUUGGGAUAUUGAACAUGGUCGACUGAAACAUCUUUGUCUUGGGCAUCAACUCAGUGUAAGAUGUUUGGAUAUUCGUGACAAGUAUGUAGUAUCUGGAUCUUACGAUGCAACAGCACGAUUAUGGGAUAUAGACACCGGUGAAUGUUUAUUUGUUUGUCGUGGACAUCAAUCUCAAAUUUACGCCGUUGCCAUUGAUAAUACAAGAAUAGUCACAGGUUCAUUGGAUUCAACCAUUCGAGUAUGGUCUUUAUCUACAGAAGAUGACAAUAGUGGUGGAAAAUGUUUGGCAACUUUACAUGGACACACGACACUAGUAGGACAUUUACAACUUUUACCAGAUAUGUUGGUCAGUGGUGGAUCGGAUGGUUGUUUAAGAUUUUGGGAUUUGAUGACUUAUGAAUGCAAACAUCGAAUUUCGGCACAUGAUAGCUCGGUGACAAGUCUUCAGGUGGAAGGUAAACGUGUACUUAGUGGUGGAAGUGAUGGUAGUGUCAAGUUAUGGGAUCUUCAUUCAGGACAACUGGUGCGCUCAUUUACUCAACCUGGUCGUACCGUAUGGAAAUUGGAAUGUCAUGCAACCAAGGCUGUAGUGGUUAUACAACGGAGAUCAACUCAUCGGGAGGCAGCAUCCUCCUUUCAUACAGCGAUAGAAUUACAUGAUUUUGAUUAUCAACAUUAGUUUAUAGCAUCUUUUUUUUUUCUUUUUAUAUAUGUCCCUUCGAUUCGUCAAUCAUCAUCUUUAUUGUAGACUUCCAUUCUUUUUUUUUUUUUUCCGUUACAUCCAGUUCUAUAUUUGUGUCUUAUUCCUUUCCCUUCUUCCUUCAUUACUAUUAUCCUUAUUGGAUAAUGAUGAUGAUAGAUCUAU